AUGUUCGAAGCGGCCAUGACCACCUUCGCGUCCAUCUCCAUCCUGGGCCUCGUCGGCUACAGCUACACCCGCUACUACAAGUAUCACAUCCUCGAGAAGAUGGAGAACGCCUUCAAGCCCGGCGACCCCGUCCUCGAGCUCGCCCAGAAGUCCCGAACCAACCACACGUCCCUCCUCGCCGACACCGACGACGAGGACCGUUGGAUCCCGCGCCCUGAGCAACGCAAGAUCGACGAGAUCGUCGCCGGCCGCGACACGGGUCACUACCACCUCCUCAUCGGCGAGAAGGGCACGGGGAAGAGCUCCAUGCUGAUCGACGCCAUGGCCAAGGUCGAUGGCGAGGGCUGCGCCAUGUUCGAGGCGCACGCCGACGUGGAGAUCUUCCGCGUGCGGCUAGGCAAGGCGCUGGACUUCGAGUACCACGAGGACAACAUCGGGUCGCUGUUCUCGAUCCGCGGGCCGCGCGACGCGUCGGCGCUGCUGGACGUGGAGCGGGCGUUCAACAAGAUGGAGAAGGUGGCGCUGAAGCGGCGGAAGGAGGUGGGGCGGCCGUUGAUUCUGAUCAUCAAUAGCGUGCAUUUGGUGAGGGAUGACGAGGAUGGGAAGGAUCUGAUCGAGUUGAUUCAGCAACGGGCGGAACAGUGGGCGGCGAGCAAUUUGGUGACUGUGGUGUUGAAUAGUGAUGAUUAUUGGGUGUAUGAACGGUUGAAGAACUAUGCGACGAGGAUGCAGGUGAUGGCGGUUGGGGACUUGCCGAAGAAGACGAGUUUGAUGGCACUACAACAAUAUCGGAUGAGAUACCGCAGCGAGAAGCCGAGCAUGGAAACCUUGGAGCAGGUGUAUGAUAUGAUUGGGGGGAGGUUGACGCAUCUGAGUCGCGUGGCGAAAAGUAAGGAUAUGUUGGAGGUGUGCAAGCAGAUUUGCCAGGCGGAGAAGACGUGGUUGUUGAGUCAGUGCUGGAUUCUCGGUAUGGAGAUGGACGACGAUGUCAUGGACCAGCAGAAAUACGCUUCCGCUGCAAUGGUCCUCGCUAAGGCCCUAGUCGACCGAGAGAAGGAAAUGGAAAGCACCUACGACUCAGAGAAGGGCCACGUCCUCCCCGAAAUCCCCUUACAUGAAGCCCGAUACAUCAUGACCCGAGCCGACUUCAUCCAAAGCUACGACCACAUCAACGUCUUCGCUAUCGGAUCCAACGCCAUGGUGCGCGCCGACUCGGUGCCGAUGAUGAACGCGUUCCGCCAGGUCUGCAGCCAGCCGGGCUUCGACGAGCAUCUGGAAGCGACGCUGGAACGCAUUGGGGAUAUCGAGAGCUUGGGGAGGACGCGGGAGCUGACGAUCAAGGAUCUGUGGAAUGGUGGGAAGUAUAAGACCACGGUGGCCGACUCAAAGGGGCGGCAUCAGAGUGAGGUGACGUUUGAGGUGGUAGAGCCGAAGAAGGAUGAUGAGGAGUAA